AUGGCAAUACCAUCCCAAUCCCAAAGUUCGGGAACUUCAUCAAAAAAAACCAUACCCAAAAAAAGGCCAAUAAAAACGUCGAACACUGAUCGCGGUUCAAAUAGUCUCAGUCAUGAAAAGACUUUAAACCCAAAUAAUAAUACAAGUUCAAGAUUUGAUAACGACAGAAUUAAUAUGCAAGAGGAAUAUAAUAAAAUGAUAAGAAACGCGCAUAAAAAUAUUACCGAAGAAAACUGUAAGCCGGUACUUCUGUGUUGCACUGAUAAUUCGAGAUCUGGCAAUCAGUGUGCCUGUCCUAAGCCUGAACCCUAUAUCAGCCCAAAAAUUGAGACACCUAGGGACUCAGAUAAAGCCCCAUGCACGCCUUGCUAUUGUGCCUCUUCAAAGUCUAACCUGUUCUCGAAGAAAUUGUUUGCAAGAGGAAAAAAAGUAGACACAACUCCAUCGGAAAUCAUAUGCAGGAAGGCCAGUGCUACUAUUUGCAGUACGGGAUGGAGGCAUUUCGCUGAAGGUGGUCUUUUCCCACGAUCUACUGCUGGGCCUGGACAACUAGCUAAAAAGCAGAAAUUGAUAAGGAGACCGUGCGGAUGCGGAAAUUUUUUAUGUGGUUGCAAAACAAUAUCGCCUGGACAACAACAACAACAACAACAACAACAGCAACAAUUACAACAGCGAGUUAAGCGGGAUAUUUGUGAUUGUCCAGCCACAAUUAAGAUCACAAAAGCAGAACAGCCGCAUCCACAGCCGCAGCCACAGUCGCAGCCACCACCGCCAAUGGCAGUAAUCCGUGAAGAGCCUGAGGUUUUAGACAAACGAAAUGACAAGUGUUGUCCGCCUAAGCAAAUCGAAGAUUAUUGCGCCGAUUUUCUAAAUAUUGUACACGACAACAUUUUAGAAUCGGUACGACAAUCCAUUGACGGAGGUCUACGCGAUUACUGUAUGUUGACAGCGAAUAAAGUCGAUAAUUUGGGCACGAAGCUUGAACGAAACGACGAAAAAUUGGAAAUGUUGUACACUGACACUAGACGAAACGAAGAGAAAUUGGAAAAGCUAUAUAAUGAUACGAUGGAAAUAGUGACCCUCUCUCUCUCUCUCUCUCUCUUACUCUCUCUCAUAAUCGAUUGCUUUAACUUUGUAUCGGUUUGUUUGCUUUGUUUCUUUGCAAUGGUUUCCUUUUCAGAAAUAACAGAACAAAGUGAUAACAAUUUGCGACAGUUUCGUCUACUGUUGGAAUUUAUAUCAGAUAUUCAAAACAAAAAAGAGGACGCACCAAGAUCUGCUUCCAGAAUUUUAGAAGAAGGGUCGUCUACCAGAUUAAAUGAACCUAGACCGGAACAGUCUAGAAUACCAGAAUACAGAUCCGCUACCAGAAUAUCAGAAACUGAUUACAGCACAGUUGAGGAUAAGGAGAUGCAAUGUUGCAUUAUGAACGACUCAAAAGAGGACAUGAAGCCGAAAAAGAUGUGCUGUUUCGCUGUUGAUACAGAAAAUGACGGUCGACCCCGGAAAUGCUUUUGUUGUAAAUUUGUAAUGAAUGACGAUUUAAAUGAAUUAAUGUCAAGUGGCAGCACUGAAUUCGAUGGCACGAGACCGCGAGCAAGCUUACAAGAGAAUGGCAAAAAAAAAAGCUGUUUGCGCAAUUGCGGCAAAGCUAAAUGCUAUUGCAAUGAUCUUGACAGCCCAGCAGUUUCACAAAAUUCUUACGCCUUCAAUCGAAGGUCCAAAGAUGAAGUUGAAGAUAAUGCGUACGAUGGCCGUGAUCGCGAGACCGGUAAACGUGAAUCGGCAGGGUACUCUUCUUCUUUAGUAGAGAUUACGCCUACGAGACGUAAGUACGUUUGCGCUAGUGUAGGAACUGAUAAUUCCGACAUAACUCGAUAUUAUUGCAACAAGAAAAAAUGCGAAGACCAAGACACCAGUGGCUACGUAUCCGAUAGAGAUGAAGAAGAAUAUGAGAAGUGCUCACGGAAGAAAAAAACGAAACCUGGUCAAAUUGUAUUAACAGAUUCAGCGAGUGUAACUUGUGUUUGCCGAAAGACCAAUCGUAAGACAACUUCAUCUUUAAGGACCACGAUAUCCGAUACAUCCAUUGGCGAGGAUUGCUUUGCUCCACACACGCAGAAGCAUAAAACUGCUGUUCACAAGUAUUCCGAAACUAGCCCCCGUACGCGCAGUAAAUAAUGAUAGCCUUAAUAAAAACAUUCGCAUAAACACAGCUGACUCUCUAAGAUAGAGAUAAUAAGGUGGAAUUAAUGUUAGAUUUACAAUUGUGAAAUUGAUUAACAUUAAUUUUGUGAAGUUUAUUAACAACUUUAAUUUUGUGAAAUUAACGUUAAUUAAUUAAUUUCACAGAAUUAUUUGUUAUUGAGAGUGAAGGACUGUGAAGAAAAAAGUAAAUAUAUCGGAACUCUUCUUCGCACGGACGUAGCAAAAAUAAACUUUGAAAAUUAUGUGAAAGCUGCUUUCGUUACAUAAUAUUUAAAAUCUAUAAAUUGA